AACUCGGAGCUAAAGGAGAAGUUUGGCGGUGGUAACGUGAGUUUCUGCUACUGCAAAGCACAGCUACGGGCAAAAUGACGAAAUUAGACGCAUUUAAUUCGUUCCUGAGGGAACGACUGAUCGGCGUGGCUGAAGAAAUCUUUGAGGCUGUUCAGGACAUCGUUUGCGAACAACAGGACGAAUUAAAACGCGCCAGAGAGGAGAUCUGUAUCCUAAGGAAAGAGCUGGCUGAAGCGAGCCUCAACAAGGAAACAGACGCUCAGGCCAGCCAUCCAGAAGGACUUUGUACUGAACAGCAGCCAUCCCAAAACGAACCGCUGAGUUCAGAGUCUUCAUUAAUUCAGGUGAAACUGGAGCUUUGCGCCCUUCAGCAGGACGCAGAGCCACAGCUAUUGAGCAAUGCCUCGACAUGCAGCAGCUCUUCCUCUGCAAAGUCAACUGACAUUCAGAAAAAACCUCUGUGCUUGCCUCCAAAAACAAAAGAGAGUGAAGGUCUACAGAUGAACUCCUAUAUCUCAAUCAACUUGGUACCUUGUGAUGCCCUGCUCCGCUCCGAAAACCUGAACUCAAGUGCAGUGAGAAACCAAACUGCAAAAGGUGGACGUGUGGCGGGUAUAAAACAGGAAGAUAUUCAUUCUUGUCCCUAUUGUGACGCAUCUUUUGGUGAUUUUUCUCAGCUAGCAUCUCACAUGGAAUGUCACAAAAAUGCGAUGGGCCCUUUGCAGUGCCAGAUCUGUGGCAAGCAUUUCAAUCAUCGUGUGACCUGGAAAAACCAUAUGCUUGUGCACCAGAAAAUAAGGCCCUUCCGUUGCAAGUUUUGCAGUAAGGGAUUCAAUCAGAAAGGUCAUCUGAAGGAGCACGAGAGGAUCCAUACAGGUGAAAAACCUUUUGGCUGCUCAAUAUGUGGGAAACGCUUCACUCAGUUCAAUCAUGUCAGGGCGCAUAUUCGCAAUCAUCAUCAGGAUAAAUAGCAGACAUCGGAAACAACAAAAAGUGAAUGAGAUGUUUCAACAGUCGACGUUUGUCAUUCAAAUCACGCUAGACUUCAAGACACCAAAAUUGCCUGGAAGGAUUUUAAGACUGAUCUUAGCACAUUGACUAAAAACUGACCAUAAAUUUGUUGUGUGAUAAGAAACUGAUGAAUUCAUUUUUAAGUAUUUGGUAUAUUGAAAGUUUUAAAUGUGAUGCUGGUAAAGGACAUGGUUGCUUCUUUAGAGGAACAGUCUACAGAGUUAAAUUCUCAAUCUGAUCCAGAACACGACAAGUAUUUGAUGGGUUUUCUGCCAUUGUUUUGUUUUUAGCCUGAAAUGGGGGAAAAACGUUUUUCAUCAUAUGAGUUUUAUUAAAACAGACUUAUUUUCUAUCGGUG